GCAGACAGUCAAAGGGAGAACCACCAGCUCCAUUUGCAGUCCCAGAGUCUCUUUGAAAACGUUGCCUGGUGCUGUUCACAUCUUUUGGGGAACAUUCACGAAUUGGACCCAAACUUUAGAACGUCCAGGAACAAUUUAAGAAGGAACGUGUUGAGAAAAUGCCUCACAUCGGUGUUCAGGCUGCGGUUGUCGUCCUGCUCACGUUGGCUACAGCAGUGAAGACUGAAACAGGAGAAGUCACGUUCUGGAAUAAGGAUGUCGCAAUAAAGUGUCCAAAACACUCCACAGUUCAUGCAAAGGAUGGAACAAAAAUUCAUGACGGGAAUGAAUAUAUGUUUGAAUAUAAACAAGAAGUCCAGUACGAGUGUAAAGAUGCAGAAGAAAAAAAAACGUAUAGUUUCUACAUCAAAGGAAGAGUCUGUGAAAACUGCUUUGAACUAAGUGGCAAUUUUUUCCUGGUGAUAAUCAUGGCGGAUCUGUUUGGGUCAGUGGUGGUGAUGGCGCUGAUCUACAAGUGCUCCAAGAAAAAAAGCUCAGACGGACCGUCCAAGCCCACUAAAGCUACCCCUAAAACAGGAGGUCGGGCUCCACCUGUCCCAUCUCCUGACUAUGAGUCGCUCAACGUUCACACCUUAUCAUCCGAUACCUAUUCUACGAUGAACACUGGCAUGGUGAACAGGAUGGGAUAGAGACGUGUGCUUGGCAACAACAUUUAUU